AUGCGUCUCUUUGGUGUCACUCGAGAAUCAGUAACAAAUAAUCUUAUGAUGGUAGCAGAAACAGUAGAAUGGGAUUUACGACAUUAUGUAUCUCAUCAUUUUACUCGAUUAACAUGGCAAAACAAAAUAGCAAUUUUAUAUAAUGUUGUUUGUGCUCUUGAAAUUCAAAAAAAUGGUUUAGAACAAUUACAAAAUGAUUAUACUACUGAUUAUAAAACUGUUAAAUCUCAUAUUGAAAUUCCAUUAAAUGAAUUAGGUUUAGGUGAUGCAAAAGAUUUAAUUCCUGUAAUUGGUCAUUAUAGAUAUGAUUUACUUCCUUUUAUCGCUCCUGAAAUUAUUGCUGGUGAAAAAUAUUCUAUUAAAGUUGAUAUUUAUACUUUUGGAAUGUUAAUGUGGGAAUUCUCUUCUAAUAGACCUCCUUUUUAUGAUCAUCCUCAUGAUGCAAAACUUUUUAAUGAUAUUUUUGAAGGUUUAAGACCUAAACAAAGAGAUGAUUGUCCGGAAUGUUAUAGUGAUUUAAUGCAAUUAUGUUGGAGUAAAAAUUCUAAUCAACGUCCUAAUGUAUCUGAUUUAGCUAAAUGUUUUAGUGAUUGGCAUCUUUUGGGUAAAGAUAAAGAUCAAUUUAUUAAUGCUGAACAAAAAAGAAUUAAACGUGUUUUGGCUAAAGGUUUAAAUCCUGAUCCUGGUCGAAUGGUUACUCCUCCAAAAGUUCAUCCUCAAGCUAUUUAUACUAGUAGAUUAUUAAAAUUUCCCGCUCUUCCUAUACCAAAAAAUUCUCAAAAAACUUUACCAAAAAGGUCUAAUUCUUAUACUGAUGGUGAUAAUGGUCGUACUCAAAUGAGUAUAAAGGAUUUGGCUUCGAUUCUUAUUCGUGACGAAAUGGAUCCAGAUGAUUGUGAAAUAUCUGAUAAUAAAGGUGAUAACCUAUCACCUUCAGAAUUAAAUGUAGAUUCAAUAAAUAUUUCUCAGGAUGAUUCUGCUGCUAAUGGUGAGAACGAUUCUUCUAAUGGAAUUACAUGUGCUAGUCCUACUAGUACGGAACAUGUAGAAUAA